UUUGCGGAGUAUCAUGUUUGAUGACAAAAUGGAUCUAGACGGUCUGAGGGUCGGCGUUGGAGAUGCCCUUAUGAGCGGAUACCGUGUUUUAUUUUGAUUCGAAGACAUUAAACAUGGCAUGGUACCAGACCCUCUCCUCGUAACACGUGCACCGUUGCUGGUAUCGGAACUAUAAAUCAUCCCUAGCUGAGAUUUGAUUCUCAGACCACACCAGUAUUACUCAAACUCGAAGUAAGAUCAUAAUAGCAGAAGAAAGCAGGGCCAAAAUGGCCACCUCAAGAGCGGAGCUUCUGCAAGCUGAGGCAGAGCUGGUGCGCCACUCCUUAGGCUACCUCAAGUCCAUGGCGUUGCACAGCGCGGUGAAGCUUGGAAUCCCCGACGCUCUCCACCGCUGCGGCGGCGCCGCCUCUUUGCCCGACCUGCUAUCCACCCUCGCCCUCCCUUGUAGCAAACGGCCAUACCUGUCUCGGCUCAUGAAGAUGCUAGCCGUGGAAGGGAUCUUCACGGCCGUGGCCGUGGAUGUGGAUGCUCCUCCCGCCGCCGGCGAGGGCGCUGCCGGCACCGCGCCGAGCGUCCGGUACGGCCUCAGCCCGGUGUCGCGCCUCCUCGUCAGCGGCAGCGGCGCGUGCCUGUCCCCGUGCAUGCUCAUGGGCACCUCGCCGUUGUUUCUGGAGGCCUCUCUCCGGCUGCCCCAGUGGUUCCAGAGGGACGGCGACGGCGAGGGUGAGCCGGCGUUCGCCAUGGCGCACGGCGAGAGCCCCUACGGCGCAGCUGGCCAUGACAUGGAGUUCAACGCGCUGGUGAAUGAGGCGAUGGGGUCUGACAGCCAGUUUAUGGCGGAGCUCGUCGUCCGCGAGUGCGGCGAGGUGUUCACGGGCGUGACGUCGCUGGUCGACGUCGGCGGCGGGAACGGCACCAUGGCGACGGCCAUCGCCAAGGCCUUCCCGCAUGUCAGGUGUUCGGUGCUGGACCUCCCACAUGUUAUACAAGGCGUCUCAGCACACGAGUCGGUUGAGUUUGCUGCCGGCGACAUGAUGGAAUACGUUCCACCAGCUGAUGCAGUUCUGCUUAAGUGUGUGCUUCACAACUGGAGCGACGAGGAUUGUGUGAAGAUCCUGACAAAAUGCAGAGAGGCCAUUGCCCAAGGAGCGAAAGCAGGGGCAGGGAAGGUGGUAAUCAUCGAUGCUGUUGUUGGAUCUCCCACACACUCACAGCAAGUACUUGAAGCCCAAGUCUUGAUGGAUAUGCAAAUGAUGAUGCUGUUCAUGAGCAAAGAACGCGAGGAACUGAACUGGCAAAAGAUAUUCAUGGAAGCAGGAUUUAGUCAUUACAAAAUACAGCCUAUCCUAGGAAUGCGAUCCAUCAUCGAGCUCUACCCAUAGCUUAUCCAUGUAUAGUCCUUUUCCCUCA